AGCGCUCGCUCACACUCCUCUACGGCCACGACUCUGGGAGUGGAGAAACAGAGAGCCGGUUCCUCUGCUGCAGAAGUCCUCGAGGUUCCUUCUCACAACUCUGCGAAGGGCAAAGCGUUGUGAGACCCAACCAGACCCUAAUUCCAGCUCCCAAAAGGAGGUGGCUGAGCCACACUCGGGAGGCCUCUUGGUUUCAGGGUCUGUCUCUCUCUCACACACACACCCUCUUCCUCUCUCUCUCUCUCUCUCUUUCUCUCUCUCCCUCGUCCACACCCCCAAACAUGUCCACCGGCUCCCUCAGCGAUGUGGAGGACCUUCAAGAGGUGGAAAUGUUGGAAUGUGACGGGCUGAAAAUGGACUCGAACAAGGAAUUUGUGACUUCCAACGAGAGCACCGAGGAGAGCUCCAAUUGCGAGAAUGGGUCUCCCCCGAAGGGCCGCGGCGGCCUGGGCAAGAGGAGGAAGGCGCCCACCAAGAAGAGCCCCCUGAGCGGGGUCAGCCAGGAGGGGAAGCAGGUCCAGCGCAACGCCGCCAACGCGCGAGAGCGGGCCCGCAUGCGAGUGCUGAGCAAGGCCUUCUCCAGACUCAAGACCACCCUGCCCUGGGUGCCCCCGGACACCAAGCUCUCCAAGCUGGACACGCUCAGGCUGGCGUCCAGCUACAUCGCCCACUUGAGGCAGAUCUUGGCUAACGACAAAUACGAGAACGGGUACAUUCACCCGGUCAACCUGACGUGGCCCUUUAUGGUGGCCGGGAAACCCGAGAGUGACCUGAAAGAAGUGGUGACCGCGAGCCGCUUAUGUGGAACCACCGCGUCCUGACCUUGGAGUUUGGUACCUGGAGCGAGAGCUUCUCCGCCCUUCCACCAACCCCACAGGCCGCUUCGCGGGUGGAGCCCUCUGCCUGGCCAUGGAGGAAGGAUCCCGCUAGGCUGGUCCCGACUGGAGAAGCUGCUCUGCCAGGUGUGCUCUCUGUCAGUGAUAGUGACCUCAUUACCAAAGGGUGGCGACCACAUUACUAAGCGCAAUUCCCCAUUCUCCAAGGGCUGAGAACUUCGGUGACUUCAUCCACCUAUUUGCACAUGGAGGACUUUUCAAGAUGUCAGGAUACCCUUCCAUCACCCCACCACCGCCACCCCAACUUGACUUUCAAGAACACAUUUCAAACUCUGGCCAGAGUCCCGUUCCUCAAAUUCAUGUGUUCUGUCCUUUCUACCAGAGGGAUAGAGCCCAUGCCUCUACCUAUCCAGAUUUCAAAUCAAAGAGUCCCCAGUGUGAUUCAAUUGUUUGCCUUUCACGUUUCGCAAAUUUUCCAAUCUCCCACUCACGUUUUUACAAAACAAAUGCUCUAAAUUCUGAGGAUUCCAUGCAGGCCGUCCAUAGAGAAAUAACUUUUUCUUGCACAUUCCCUUACAACCCCAAUCUAUACGUGGAUUUUUAGAAAGUCUUCAUGGCUAUCUAUAGUUCCCUACCAAUAAUUUGAAGCCUUUGCUUUAGGCAGGAGGCAUGUGGCUAUGAAUAGGGAACACGUAGAUUUGACCCUGGUUCUGCACCCAACUAGCUGUUUCUUGAAAGAGCCUGGAUCCUCAGUUUUCCCAUCUCUGCAAGCAGGGAUAAAGGUAAUGAGAAUGAUAAUAAUCAUUAUAUGCAGACCUUCCUCUUUCAUCUUACAGAGGCUUAGUGGGGCUCAAAUGAGAUUAUAUCUGUAAAAUCCCUUGGUAAAGGAAAGGUUCCGUGAAAAUGUCAGUUACUUUUACUAAGUGGCGGGUAGUGAAUUAUCUGUGCCUAGACCCAAACUGAAAGUGUCUCAGGCAGGAAGCUCCAAGGGGUGUGUGUUUAUAGCAUCCAGGCAAUGAUCUUUUUUUUCCCCACGAACUAAAAUACCUCUUUUUGGUAUCUAUUGACUCUUUCUCUCUCUCUUUCACCUUGCACCUCUCUCCAGUGCUCUCUAAAUUUGUCCAGAACUUUCUUUUUCCUAGAAAUCCAGAGAGCAAAGUCAGAGCCUGGCACCUGCAGAUAGGAUGACACUGGUGUCUGAUGGUGAGGCUGCCCAGUCCCAUCAGGAGCCUCAGCCAAGGAGGGGCCUGGGCACACUCAGGUCCCCAUGGUUGUCCAUUGAAUGGAGUGAGGAUCGAGGUAGGAAUGACUGGGUGGUGGCUGCCACUAGCCCAGGAACAUGACAACGUGACCACACCACACAUGCCUGCAACACACACCCACAGUCUAAACAUCUCUCCUUCUCAGUGGGCCUUUCUCCCAUUCCAGAUCAUCAGCACACCCACACCCACCAUAGGUCUCUCUCCUCUGGUCUUCCCAGAAGGGUAAAACUCCCAGCCUACCCUGCUCCAGCUCCAGCCCAGGUAGUUGGUGUGUCUCAAUUUGAAUAGGGGGUGGGUAGCUUCAUAAAAAGAAUGGGGAACUCCCUUGGCCUCAAGCCAGUAUAGUUUGGAGGUUGGGGGUCGGGGGUGUUAAGAGUGGGGAGUAUCCUGCCUAUGACCUCUAGGUUAUGAAAACUAUCUUAGAAGGUGCUUUUAGAAAGAACCAGGAGAACAACCAAAGCAGCUUACAGACGCCUGAACGGAGAAUGAAGUGUUUCAAGUAAGCGAGUCUGCAAGUUCUCAGAAGCAGACAGAUAUCCAAUCUGGACUGCAGCCAGGGAAGUCCUCUCUCUCUCUCUCUCUCUCUCUCUCCUUGCUUGUAUGACUUCACAAGCAACUCAGGAUCAUUCUAGCAGGCUUUCCCACUGUCAAACAGAGACUUCAUUCUAAAAAGAGAAGCGAUAAACAGAGCUCCAGCUCCGCUGGCUCUAUAUAUUUACUGAUUUAGUGGAAAACACUGACCAAGGAGACUUUUAAGCCAGUGGUUCUUCAGAAUCACCUAGACGCCUCCACCCUCCAGAGAUCCUGAGUCCAGAGUCUGAAGUGGGGACCCAGGUGAUGCCAUUGCUGCUGGUCCCAGGACCACGUUUUAACAAUCAAUGUUUUCAGAUGUCUCAUGACGAACACUACUUAAUGCAGUGGGAAAGAAAAUAUUUCAGAGGAGAAUUUUUUCUUAAAGAAGCUGCAUAUUCUGGACUCUAGUUUAAUUCACUCCAGGAUGGCACGCAAUGGAUUCCUAAUUCUUAAAUGCCAUUCAGUCUGGACUUCAAAGCACUUGUCUUCAGAAAAUAAAAGAUUUGUUCCACC